CCCCACCCGCCCGCGAUGGCCAAGGCGCUGCUCUCCUCCUCGCUGCUCCCCUCGCUCCCGCGCGCCGUCGCGGGCGCCGGCGCCGCGAGGCUGCCGCUGCUCCCCUCGCUGCGCCGCCGCGCCGCGGGGUGCCGGGUCAGGGCGAGCCUCCACGGGCUCGACUCCGUGGGGGGCCUCCACGCGGCGCUCGAGCGCGCCGAGGCCGCGCUCUACACGCUCGCCGACGCCGCGGUCGUCGCGGCCGACUCGGCGGCCGGGGCGGCCGGAGGAGGAGCGGACGCGGACGUGGCCGUGCAGAAGAGCGGCGGAUGGUUCGGGUUCAUCUCCGACGCCAUGGAGGUCGUGCUCAAGAUUCUGAAGGAUGGUCUAUCAGCAGUUCAUGUGCCGUACGCUUACGGAUUUGCCAUCAUUCUGCUCACCAUCGUCGUGAAGGCUGCAACAUUGCCGUUAACGAAGCAGCAGGUCGAAUCAACCAUGGCGAUGCAGAAUUUGCAGCCACAGCUCAAGGCAAUUCAGGCGAGAUACGCAGGCAAUCAGGAAAGAAUACAGCUUGAGACUGCUCGUUUGUACAAGCAAGCUGGAGUCAAUCCUCUAGCAGGAUGUUUGCCAACUUUGGCAACAAUUCCAGUCUGGAUUGGACUUUACCAAGCCCUUUCAAAUGUAGCAAAUGAGGGUUUGUUGACGGAAGGAUUUUUCUGGAUUCCAUCUUUGGGAGGCCCUACAACAAUUGCUGCUCGUCAAAGUGGUGCUGGCAUUUCAUGGCUCUUUCCUUUUGUGGAUGGUCAUCCACCAAUAGGCUGGCAUGAUACGAUAUGUUAUCUUGUGUUGCCCGUGCUACUCGUUGCUUCUCAGUUUGUCUCCAUGGAGAUCAUGAAACCGCCCCAGAGUACUGAUCCAUCGCAGAAGAAUACACAACUUAUUUUGAAAUUUCUUCCAUUUAUGAUUGGUUACUUCUCUUUGUCGGUGCCAUCAGGAUUGUCCAUUUAUUGGUUUACAAACAAUGUCCUCAGUACAGCCCAGCAGAUAUGGCUGCGGAAACUGGGAGGAGCAAAGCCUGCUGUGAAUGAGGGAGCAAGUGGAAUUAUAACUGCGGGACGAGCAAAACGUUCAGGUGCUCAAUCAGGCCAGGGUGGAGAAAGGUUUAAGCAGCUAAAAGAAGAGGAGAACAGGAGAAAAGCUGUGAAAGCACUUGGUGCAGGAGAUUCAAAUGGUUCAACUACAUCAGAGGAUGAAGACUCGGACGAUGAUACUACAGAGGAGGGAGGAUCCGUAGAGGAAACAUUCACUACCGGCAACGACAAGAAACUCCCUACUUACUCUGGAAAGAAGGGCAAGAGGUCAAAGAGGAAGCGCAUUGUGCAGUAACGUGACAGCCUAAUUGGACUUCAUUUUUGUCAACACUGGUUGAUUCAAUUGACCAGUGAGCCGCCGUAGAUGGUCUCGGAUACAGUUUUGAUGGCACAGGAGGCCAGAUCUUCAGAUGGGGAUAGACAAAAGUUUUACUAUCAGGCAGGCAUUUGCUGGAAAGCUGUAAGAUGAAAAUAGUUGGGUUCAGUCAGCGCAGUACGUUAUGGUAGGAUCGCGAGGUUAAUGGGUCAGGCAAGCCUGUUCCAGCCGAGAGGAUAUGUAGAGCAGAGGUACAUAAACUUUCCUGUGCUGUUCUGUAUGGUGGGCUCGGAAAUCGGGCAGGAAUUGCAUACUUUGUACACUGUGUAUUUUUUUUCUACCCCUCCUCUUGUAAUAACCUAAUAACAUUGUUGUUCUUGGGAGUACAUGUGUAUGCAAAUCGUACAAAUUAGUGUGAUGGUCAUUACUUGUUCU